AUGAUACAGUCAACAGCUAUUCGUGGUAAAUUUAUUUGUGGUCAAAAACCGGCAAUUGGCGUACGAAUAAAAUUAUUUGAAUUGGAUAAUAAUCUUAUAAAUCAACCAAUUACAACUGAUGAAUAUAUGCUAACAAUAAAUCCAGAUGAUGUCUUAAAUGAAACAUAUACCGAUGAAGAUGGACAAUUCUUUAUACAUGGUACAACAGUUGAAGUUAGUCAAAUUCAACCAAUCUUAAAAGUUUACCACAAUUGUCUGCAUGAUGGAUUGCCUGGAUUUCGAAAAAUUCAUUUCGUGGUACCAUAUCAUUUCACUAAUUAUGGUAUCCAUGCUGAAAAAGUUUUAGAUUUGGGCAUUUUUAAUUUGGAAGCAAUACUACCUAGAAUUAUGCUACAAUUAUUAUUAUUACUAUUAUUUUGGCUAUUAGCAAAUUUUCAACUAUUAGAAAGUCGAAUGCAAGCGGUAAAAAUUCGAGGAAUUUUUCAAUGUGGCGCUGAAAUUCCACAUAAUGCAACAAUUGAAUUAUGGGAUGAAGAUGAACCAUUGAUAAAUUUUGUUCAUGAAUUUUUCAAUCAGAAAAAAGGUAUUAAUCCAGAUGAUAAACUGUUCACAACACAUCCAAAUACUGAUGGAAGUUUUGAAAUUAGUGCUAUGCAUGAAGAAUUAACAAAAUUAAGUUUAUAUAUGGUUGUGUAUCAUCAAUGUGAACAUUUAUUUCAUUUCAAAUAUAAUCAAUUUAAGGAUAGAGAGUUUCAAAGAUGGAGACGAUUCAUAUUUCGUAUACCAGGACAAUACGUAAAUGAUGGUGAAGAAGCUAUAAAAGUCUUCGACCUGGCAAUGAAUAUAAUUACAUUAUCCACCUUACUCUUAGCUUUAAUUAGCAAUACCGAUGGUUUCAUAAAGCGAAAUCACUCAUUUGCAAUUCAAGGAAAAUUUAUGUGUGGUGAAUACCCAUUACAUCGGGCAGCAAUUGAACUGUGGGAAGAUAAUCGAUCACUGUUAAAAUCAAUUGUAUAUAUUUUAAGGCAAAAAAGAGGACCAAAUGAUGUAUAUAUUGCACGAACAAAUACAAAUGAAUAUGGUGAAUUUGCAAUAAAUGGAAGUUAUCGAAGUGAAUAUCAGGUGAAUCCAUAUAUUUAUGUUUAUCAUCGAUGUGAUGCUGAUAAAUUACCUAUCAGUAAGUCUCGACCAACGUUCAAAUUAUGGCGUACAUUUGUAAUAAAAGUACCAGGAAAAUACAUAAGUAAAGGGAACUAUGCAUUGCAAUUAUUUGAUUUAGGUGUUUACAAUUUACAAUUUCAAUUUGCAGAUGAAAUAUUAUUGGAAAAUUGUAAUAUGCGUAAUGAGUUAUACUAUAGACGAUGUGCUUACAGUAUGCCAUCACCGUUUCUAUCUCGACUUACACAUUCUGUUUUCUUCAUUCAUUAA